AUGGGUACGUUUGUGACCCUGGCAGAAGUCUUGGAGGCCCGGGGUUCACCGCUGGAGGAAGAUGAGGUCUGGUGUCUGCUGCUUGCUACCACUGACGCCUUACUGGACAUCUCCAAAAAAGGUUCAGGUAACAUGUGCAAUGUGUUGGGCCCAGGUUCGGUGCUACUGUCAGCCAAUGGGAGUCUGGCCUUCAAGAGCUGUGCGCGAUAUGAAGACGUGGCCUCCUUCAAAGCUCCUGAGGUCCAGCAGGGUCACAUUGCUUCCACCAGGGCUGCAGCUGAAAAGAUGGUUGUGUACUCCCUGGGGAUGACUCUUUAUUGGUGUGUUGACUAUCAUCUCCCUCAAAGCCAGCCGGUCCAGAUGAGUGCUGAGCUGGAUGGUUUGCUGCUGAGCAUGUGCGAGGACAUGGUGAUGAGGCGGACCGACCUGCUGACAGUGCUGGAAACCUGUGAGCUUCACCACAAAACCUCCAUGCUUCCUCCUCCUGAGCGGCUCAUCAGGCAGCUGGUAGAAGAUGUCUACAGAAACUCAGUUGAUCAUGUGUCCAUGGCUGAAAACGGAUCCCAGCUAACAGACCGCAGUCAGAUGGUCAGGGACAGAUUACACAGAGGCUCUUUUAGUAGCUCAACAUGGACACUAAAGAAGAAGAUCCCCAGAACAUUUUCAGGAGCUUCAUAUCCAGCUGAUUCCACUGGGAUUUCUUCUGGAGGUCGACUCAGGGAUAGUUUCACUACCUGGCAGCACCUGAACCGCAGCCCGUGUAGUCCAUACAUGGAUGGUAAUCGAAGUGCCAACUCAAGACCCCUGCCACAAUUUGCGUCCACCAUGAGUCUGAAUGACAAGAAAAUAAAGGACACAGGUCCUGAGUUUAUUAGAGUAUUAGAUGAGCCUGUGGUUGUCUUGGAACUGCCUGGAUCUAUACUGUCAAAAAAAGGGAAAUCUCCAACCAACCACAGAGAGCUUAGUGUGGUGAUGCCAAAUGGACAGAGCAUCCUCAUCAAGUGUGAAGUGAAAUCCAGAGGAGGGGAUGUUUUUGACAUGAUUGUGGCACAUUCAAACCUCGUGGAACAUUUCUACUUUGGCCUUGCUUACAUUGAUGAUAAUGAGUUUUUCUUUGUGGAGAAUGAUACCAAGAUUUCCAAAGUUGCUCCAGAUAGCUGGAAGAAAGUGUCUACAACCAACUUUGUCCUUUUCUUCAGGGUCAAAUUCUUUGUCAAUGACAUCUCUCUUCUUUUGCACAAACAGACUCGUCAUCAGUAUUACCUCCAGCUCAGGAGGGACCUUUUAGAUGACAGGCUGUCCUGCCAUGAGGAGACUGCUCUGUACCUGGGAGGUCUGGCCCUGCAGACAGAGUAUGGAGACUGCAUGCCUGAGGUAUAUGGUAGGAACUACUACCGGCCUGAUCAGUACGUCUCCAAAAGUGUGAUGGAGAAACGUGCUUUGCCUUAUAUUCAAGGGGAGCUGCUGCGACUUCAUGCCAACAAUGCUCAGAUGCUCGCAGAUGAAUCAGAGCUUGAAUUUCUGAAGGUGUGUCAGCAGUUGCCUGAGUACGGUGUCUUUUUCCACCGCGUGACACGGGAAAAAAAGCCUUUAGAUGGAGAGAUCAUUCUUGGGGUUUGUGCCAAAGGUGUGACUGUGUACGAGGUUAAAGAUGGCUGCAGAUCCACUUCCCAGAAUUUCUAUUGGAGAGAAACAGCAACCAUCUCUUCUAAUAGACGCAAAUUUGUAAUAGAGUGCCGUGGCAGCAAGAAGAAAUACAUAUUCAUCACAGAAAGGUCCAAGAUAGCCAAAUACCUGUGUAACCUUUGUUCAUCCCAGCACAAGUUUAACAAUGAGAUGAGCUCCCGCCAGCUGAGCCACAGUCUGGUCUCAGAGGACAACAUUGUGCAGUAUGCAGCGGUAUGCCGUGCUCAAAGCAGCCAGCUCAAGUCCCUUUCUUGUUCUGAGACGCCGCAAGAUGACAGCGGCCUGACCACACCUCAGGAAGAGUCCUUGACCAAACUGUGUGACGACGUUGCAGCCAGAAUCGAGGCCCGAGUAAAACAUCACAGGUAUUUAGUUAUUGGUACCUGCUCCAGUAGUAUGCGCAGCAGCAUUGGGACGCGCUCCCCUGCAUGUUCCCAGAGGAGUGGAUCUGAAACCCAGUCUGGAUCCCCAGCAGCCAGAGAAACUCCACCUAAACUGGGGGCGUCAUCAGAGAGAGAAGUCCUUUGCAUUUCCUUAAAGAAAGAUCCAAAACUUGGCCUGGGCAUAGUGAUAGUUGGAGAAGAAACAGUAGGGCGGUAUGACUUGGGCAUCUUUAUUGCUUCCAUUGUGCCUGGUGGACCUGCCGAUAAAGAUGGACGCAUCAGAGCAGGUGGUCGCCUGAUUUCUCUGAACCACAUCAGCCUGGAGGGUGUCACUUUCAAUGAGGCAGCAGAGGUCAUGCAGAGCAGCCCUGAGGAGGUGCAGCUCAUUAUCUCACAGCCAAAAGCUUCCAUCAGUCCAAUGAGCGUGCGUUCUCCUGUGUUUGGAAAGUACGAGACCCAAACUACGCUUAUCACAGACGGACAAACAAGAGAUGACAGCCUUGACGAGAUUGUUUCAGUCAUGAUGACACCAAAGACCGGCAACAGGUUGCAUGUUCCCCGUGAAGUAAGAGUCCUCAGUACACAGGAUGGCUGCCCUCUGUCUCCCCCUUUGAACUGUGCAAGACCAGAGGAGAUCACUGUGGAACUCAGGAAGAUUUCAGGAAACCUGGGGAUCAGCAUCGCUGGGGGCAUUAAUACGAACCUUCGUAAUGGAGGAAUCUACAUAAAAAGCCUUGUUCCAGGAGGGGCUGCUGAAAGAGAUGGACGUUUACAUUCAGACGAUAGACUUCUGGAGGUGGAUGGAGUUAACUUUCAUGGCUUCACUUACGAGCAAGCUGUGGAGUGUCUGAGUAAAACUGGGGAGGUGGUCUACAUGGUUGUAGAGCGGGAACUGGUCAACCUACCCAAGGUUUCUGUCAGUGCUGACACCAGCAGCAGCACAUCCAAUCAGAGCCUCAGCCCAACUACCAGUCAUCCAAGAUUCAACAGCAGCGUGUCCAUCAGUACCUCUCCGAGCACAAUAUCAGAUCAACCCAGAGACUACAGAUUUGCUACUGAUGAAAACACUCAGGAAGUGACUCUGACCAAAAGUGCCAAUGGCUUGGGAUUUAGCUUCCUGAUGUGUGAGUUGGACCCGCCCACUCGGGACUUCAGUAGCCUGGUCCGGAUUAAGCAGCUCUUUCCCGGCCAGCCCGCAGAGCAGAGCGGCAGAAUCGAAGAGGGGGAUGUCCUGUUAGCUAUCAACGGCGAGUCACUCAGGGACCUGUCCUAUCCAAAAGUGCUAAAACUAUUCAAGACUUCACCACCUGAAGUACGACUGACUCUCUGUCGACCAGCACCAGGGAUUCUUCCUUCCAUGGAUCAGUUUACCGGCACAUGAGCGAUCUCCUGGUGUUAUACCAGCAUCAGUGGACGUUCGGAAGCAGUGGUGUGCUUUCUACUGACCCAGGCAGCGGUGAUUAGAACUAAUAGGAGCGAGGCUGAUGAAGCUGUUCUGAAUCAAUUAACAGAUGCUUAUCAGCAGAUCCCAACACAACAGAAAGUAAACUGAAAAUACAAAGAAGAGAAUUCAGAGGAGAGAAUAUGGGGAUGAACUAGGGCGAGAAAACCAUAUUAUAGGAAAUCCACAAGAAGUAUCCAAAGAAGUUGACACCAUGAGAAGAAGAUGAAAGAAGUAAACUCUGAAAGG